AUGGCACACACACCAUUGCGCCAAGUGGAUGAAAUCGUGUACGCAGACCUUCUGCACGGCGAGAUCUAUAAAGUAGAUCACGAAGCUGACGAUAUCGCCGAGGCCGAGGCCUAUGACAUAUGGCCACUUGUGGAGGAGGCAGACUCGUCCGAAAUACAGCAAUUUGCUGAGACAGGAAGCUUCGCGAAAAUGCACGUGAACUCGCUUACAGACGGCGUUGUAAUCGUCGAUGCGGUGUGGGUUCGAAAGUGGAAGCGCCAACCGUCCGGUGACCGCAAAGUGAAGAGGGCCUUCCUCAAAGGGUUGUCCUUUGACAAGGUGAGGGAAAUCCUGCAGUCCAAGGGCAUCUCCUCUCCAGUGCGCCGCGUGGCUGUGAUCGCUCCUCUGAACGUAUGGCGCCACCUUGGGAAAUUCGACUCGAAACUGCGCAUCGACCUCAACAAGGCUAGCGAUUACGUCCUCUUCUGCCUCAAGCCCAUCUAUGGGUUGAACGAUGCACCAUUGGCAUGGCAGCUGUGUUUGCGCGGUCAUUUUGAAGAGCAAGGAGGGCGUGCCAGUUUGCUUGACGAGAACAUGUUUUUCUGGAAAGACGGCAAAGGUGUCAAAUCCAUGGUCACGACCCACGUGGACGACAUCGGCGCUACCGGCGAGACCAAGUGGCUCAAGGAACAGCACGAGCUCCUAGUGUCCAAGUUCGGCAAGGUUUCCAGACAAGGCCUUCCUUUCGUACAUUGUGGCAUCGAGUACAGUCGUGCUUCCGACGGCUACUUCCUAUCACAAGAUUCCUUCGCUUCCAAGCUGAAGCAGGUGGAUGUUCCAGCGCAUCGGAAGGACAGCGACAUCCUGCACCCCGCGGAGGUCACAUCUUUCCGUUCGAUACUUGGCGGAUUGCUUUGGCUUACAGCCACCAAGUUAGACCUCAUCGCGGAUGUGUGCCUGCUGCAGUCACAAGUGACUCGGGCUCGUGUGGAGCAUCUACGCCAGGCCAAUGGCGUUGUCAAACGAGCUCAGUCCGAGUGUGGUCAAGGCCUAGGACUUCACUACAGGCGACUACGGGGGCCGCUUCGAGUCCUAUGCAUCCAUGAUUCCAGCGCUGCUGGAAGCACACGCUCGUAUGCGCAAGAGGGCGUUCUUGUGUUGCUGUGUGAAGAUCACCUGCAAGACUACCAGCACGACUAUGAGCAUGAGCUUAGCGCGAAAGUUUUCCGCGGCAAGGCUCACAUCCUGUGGGCUCACGGUGCAAAGGCCAAGCGGAUUUCGUAUAGCACUUCUCAUGCGGAAACUCUUGCGGCGAUUUCCGGUCUGGAGGCCUCAGCCAUGAUCAUGGUCAGACUUGCCGAACUGCAUUUCAUCGCGAAGCCCACCAUACAAUCUCUGCUAGCAGCUCAAGAGCACGGUCUGAAGGAGCUCCCCGUCGACGACUGUGGCGACUGCAGAGAUCUGUAUGAACUGUGCUCUGGCAGCAAAGGCAUAGCGCAGGACAAGAAUCAGACAGCGGAUGGGCUUACAAAAUCCAUGGUGGCAAUCCCCCUCAUGGAGCUCCUCUCAUCCGGCAUGGUCACCUUCUACAACGAGGAAAAGCAUCCCAUCGUUCUGCGUGCGCUGCCAACUCUUGACCACGUCAACGAGCACCACUUUGACCUCACCGACAAGGAGAUCAUCAAACAAGUUGGCACCUUGGCUACAUCUCUGUGGUGCGCCUCACGAUCUACGAGGACGACUUCGGCUUUCUUCCUUCGUCUUGGCGACAUCGAUGACGACACCGGCCUCGGCGACCUCUAUCACUACGACCUCAUCGUCUACGGCCCGACGAAGCGCCGGGCAGCGGUGGACCUGUCCAAACUAAAAAAAGGUGAUGCAGGUGAUGGUGACCUUGAGUCCAUGGAUUGGCGAAGCUUGGAGCUCAAGGGAGGCUUGGCAGGCCUUAGCUUCUCCAAGAGUGAUGGGGCUUCGGAGUCUUCGAUCUUCAAGACCGUGCUGACCACCAGGUUUGCCAAGUCAUUGAGGGCCUUGGGGAACAAACGCCUGGUGCAGUUGACGCAAGAAGUGCCCAAAGCUAUGGAGGAGACAGACCCUCGACGAGGAGGGGAGCCCUGGGAGUCUUCGACCGCGGUCGCUUUGGACCUUGGCAUGGCUUCGAGACCGGCAGAGGUGCCGAGCGCGCCGGGUGUGCCAGCCAUCCAUCGCGCCUCUUCGGCACCCUCGCUGGUGCGCCGACCUGCGAAUGGCACAAGAAGUCGGAAUGACGUCGUCAUGCACGUGCCUCAGCGUUGGGGCGCUGAGGUGAUCGCUUCCGGAUCUACGCAGCUGCCAAGACUGGCACCGACAGCCAGGAUCUGCAGCACGUGCGCCAAAGGCCGGACCCUGGACAGAUCAUGCCCUACAAGUGCAAGCUGUGCUUGA